AUGGUGCUGGAUAUCGGAUACAGGCAAAUGGGACAGCUUUUUGUCAUGGGAUUCGAUGGUACCACCGUCGACCCCCAGAUCCGCUCGCUGAUUGAAGACUACCAUCUUGGAGCCAUCUUACUGUCAGCCAAGAACCUGAACUACCUUGCUGUAAGGUACAAAACAAAAACUAACUCCCGGAUAGCCGCAGAUGAAACGGCAAAGCUCGUUCUGGAGCUUCAGACUAUUGCCCGGCAGGCCGGCCAUCAGUUGCCACUACUCAUCGGACUGGACCAGGAGAACGGCGGUGUCAACAAUCUGUUUGAUGAUACAUAUAUACGCCAGUUCCCCAGCGCCAUGGGGGUCGCGGCCACGGGCUCGCCAAAACUAGCUAGAGAGGUAGCUAAGGCGACGGCACAGGAACUUCGAGCUGUUGGGGUAAACUGGAUCCUGGGACCGGUGCUGGACGUGCUGACAGAUGGCAAAAACCAACCGCUGGGAGUGCGCAGCGUAGGAGACGAUCCGCAAGAAGUUGCUACGUACGGAGUCGAGUCGAUGAAAGGGUAUCAAGACGGAGGAGUAGCUACGUGUGGGAAGCAUUUCCCCUCAUAUGGCAAUUUGGAGGUGAUGGUAUCGCAGUCGGAUGUCCCAGUCAUCACAGACACGGUUGAUCAGCUCCGGCUCAGCGCACUUAUCCCCUUCCGCAGCGCAAUCUCUCAAGGGCUGGACUCGAUGAUUGUGGGCGGCUGUUCGAUGAUAUCUCAGGGGAUGAAUGUGAUGCAUGCCUGUCUGUCCGAAGAGGUUAUUGAGGACCUACUGCGGUCCGAUCUGGGCUUCCAGGGAGUGGUAGUCUCCGACUGUCUGGAGAUGGAAGCAUUGAGCAGCAAUAUUGGCGUUGGAGGCGGGACGGUGAUGGCCCUCAAGGCCGGAUGUGAUUUGGUGCUGCUGUGCAGGUCGUUUACGGUGCAGCAGGAGGCCAUCAGCGGGCUGAGGCUGGGAGUCGAGAACGGGAUGAUAAGCAAGGAGAGGAUACGGCAGUCCCUGGCUAGGGUAUCCGCGAUGAAAGUCAGGAGAACGAACUGGGAACAGGCCCUGAACCCUCCAGGAAUCAGCCUGUUAUCGAGACUACGGCCUUCGCAUACAAACCUAUCGAUGCAAGCAUACAACAGCUCGAUAACGGUGGUCAGGGAUAGGGGCAACCUUCUACCGUUGUCCAGCAUACUCGAACCAGAUGAAGAACUGCUACUUCUAACACCGUUGGUCAAGCCUUUACCGGCGUCUGCGGCGGCAGCAGUAGCAGCAACAGCAGCAGCAGCAGCAGGGCAUGCUGGUGGUGAGCGCAGCCGAGAGUCGACAAACUCGAUCGACGCCUCCUCGAGCUCGAUGUCGUCCAAUAUGAAGAGUGGCGAGGCCGUGUUUCGCGAACUGGGACGGUCACUGGCCCGGCGGAGGAACGGAAGGGUUCUUCACACAUCAUACAGUGCCAGCGGCGUUCGACCUAUCCACGAGAACCUGAUCAACCGAGCCAGUGCAGUGAUAAUAGUUACUGCAGACUCGAACCGGAACCUAUACCAGCACGGCUUCACCAAGCACGUCUCGCUCAUCUGCAACAGCAGUUGCAUGAACAACAGCACCAACAAUAACAGCACACACAACAACAGCGCGAGACGGAACUCAGCGGGCUACCAGCGACCUAAGGCGGUCGUGGUGGUAGCAGUGAGCUCGCCGUACGACUUUGCCAAAGACCCGACGAUCGGGACGUAUGUGUGUACCUACGACUUUACGGAUGCAGCUCUACAGGCGCUGGUGAGGGUGCUUUAUGGGGAGGUAUCACCUACUGGACGGAUGCCGGGGACGCUGAGCAAGAGCACGGCACGGCGAACGAGUCAGCCCCGGCAGCAAUGGCUGGUCGAGACAUGGAACGAGGAGCGAGACUCUGCAGCGCUGGACACCCUGCUGACGUCGAUACGAGAGAGCGAGAGUGGUAUUAAUAAUAGCAGUACCAGCAGCAACACGCACAACAACGAGAUGGGCCCCAGUAGCAGCAUCGACAGCACCAGCACGAGCAGCACCAGCAGCAUCCUGGCAAACGUGAGAGCGGAUACCUUCCUGCUGAAGAGUGCGGAUGUGCAGGAAUGCCACCUGGUGGUGCGCAACAGCAGCACGCACGCGAUCAACGGCUUCUGCGCAACGUACUUCUUCCGCUCGACGGGGACCGGGGUGAUAGGCGCGAUACUAGUCGAUCCAGCGCGGCGCCGCUUGGGCAUCGGCAGCUCACUCCACAGUCGAGCGAUCCAAACACUCAGACAACACCCGGACAUCAAGCAGCUGCAGCUGGGAUCUCGUCUGCCCGGGGUCUACCUUGGCAUUCCCAGGACUGACCCGGUCGAGCGGAGGAGGCUUCGGCGCUGGUUUGCCAAAUUGGGAUGGUCGAUGGCGCUCUCGCGGCCGCUGUGCUCGAUGGUGCUGCGGGACGUACAGAGCUGGGUGCAGCCAGACGGGCUGAAGGGCGGGAGCAGGAGCGGGAGCAGCAGGAGCAGCAGCAGCGUCAUUGGCAGCGGCGAGGUCGAGUAUGACCUUGUGUUUGGCGAGGAGUACACGGAUGCGGUGAUCGAGCAUGUGCGGACGAGCUCCAGACAGGGGGUGGCGGAGGUGUACCGGACAGCGCUGGCUGGAGGGCCACACUGCGGCAUCAUACGGGCGAAGAAAGCUGGGGAAACAAGCAUAACCUCUGCUGCUGCUGCUGCUCCUGCUGCUCCUGCUAAUGCAAACGGGAAUGCUGCAUCUGCCAAUAAUAAUCAUAAUGUCGUCAACGCAGGUUCCGAAGAAGAUGGAGACGGGGAGAUGAUGAUUGACGGGCUGCAGCUGGGCCUGGAGGCGGACGACCAACUCCACGACCAACUCCACGGCCACAGCAACGACCAACCCCAUGGUCACGGCCAGGGCCACAGCAACAAGACGCUGGUGGGCAGCGUGGUGGUGUACAAUGCGCGGUCGUCGCUGGCUCGACUGGUUCCGGCGGUCAGGGAGGCUCGAGUGCGUGCUGGCGGCAUCUCGUCGCCAGUGAUAUCUCCGUCUGUCGGAGAAUAUGCCAUGCUGGUCCAAGGGCUGAUCGUGCUGGGCAUCAAGGAGAUCCGCAAGCAGGGCGGCAACACUGUGAUACUCGACUGCGUGAGUGUACCCUCUUUUUACUUCUUCUUCUUCCUACCUCUUCUUUGA